AUAUAUGAGUACAAACACAUAAAAGUAUUGUGUGUGUUAAGGCAUAGUUUGAAAAAGCGAAAGUGUUCCCAUAUGCUGAUUAUGUUUUUCUUAUGUUAUCUAGGCUAUGCUCUGAGUUAGUGUGAAUUUCCUCAUUACUUCUUGUGAAAUGUAUUGAAUUCAAAGACAACUCUGUAAAUAGGUUACCAGUGAGGCUUCAGCUGAAUCAUGUAUAGAACUGUUUUGAAAUUAAUAGUAUUUCUCAUGUUUAAUAAUAUUAUAGUUGCUACUGCAAUAUAGUUACUAGAAUUACAUAUAUUAGAAAUUUGAAUGUAACAGUAAGUUCAUUAAUGAAAGCUAACUUUUUUUUUCCCCAGCAAUGGAAGCUGUAGAUUGUUUUUCACUUCCCAAAUGUUAGAACUAAAUAAUGUUGUCCUAUGAACCAGUUUGAAAUUUAAGUUAAAAAAAAGGGAAAAAACCCAAUAAGGCAAAAUAAUGACAUUAAUUUGCUUAUAGAUUACAGACCUAUCAGAACUACACAUUCUCACUUGAUAGUGUCUCUGUACAUCAGAGAUUUCUUAAAACAGAAUUGUUCUUGCGCUCAUGUGAUACUAGCCAUCAGAAUCUUGAAACAAUUUUUUGAUCUAGGUUGUGAAGUGUUAUAGAAAACAUUAAGAAUAGAAGCUUGUCAGUGUGUUGGUUUGUUUCCCCAAUAUACCAAUAAAUAUGUUUUGUUUAAAAAAUGCAGAAAUAUCUGAAAUUACUCUUCAAAAACAGUUCAACUAGAUGAAUAGUUAUGUCUCGUAGAACUGUUGUUUCUGUCUACUCCACUUUUGAUGCUUGAAGUAUGUACUGAUGAGUACUAAGAGAAAGUAACACAUUGCAAGAGUUCUUUAAGAACAUUUAAACUUUUAGUUGACCUUUUAGAGUCGAUAGAAUGUCCAAGUAUAUAACUUAAAAACAGGAGAAUGUUUAUUAUGUGUAACACUGAACUUUUUCUUUUAGAUGAAUGAAAUUUCAUUUGCAAUUUUCAUUUGAAAUGACUGUCUGACUCAUAUUGUCUGUCCCUUUCUCUAACAUCAGUGGUAGUAUGUCUUCAGCCUCUACAUAGCAAUAGACUUCAUGAUUCUUACAAGAAUUCUUGGAAAAAAAAGGAACUGUCUUGCGUUUUGUCUAACCAACAUCACCAUCAAAUAAAAGUAUGGUAUUCUGUGAUGUAGAAGGCUCAAGCUGUUCCUUGUCUUCUGCCAACCUUUGCUAUCUUCUGCCAUACAGUAUCGGGUGGGGUGACAUUCUGCUGUUUAAAAUCUUGCGUCCAGGUAAUCAGGUUCAUCCAAAUUGGGGCAUUGGGAACAAAGAUACAGCUCUGAAUUUGUUUUCAUGCUCUCUUCUUUGUUCCUCAGUUCAUUGUGUGGUGUUUGACAUCUCACCAGCUCUUACCUAUGGAAGUUUAAAUUGAAAAAAUGUCAGGUCAAGAAAGAACAACCAGCACAGUUGUGUGUGAAGAGAGAAGCAUUUUCAGCUUGAUCUUAAAUUCAUGUAUGAAUUCUACAGAGUAACAUCAAGAGCUGAACUGUAUUGCAAAACUGUCGUGAAAUUUUCAGACAAAAGUUAUCCUGUUUCUCUGGAGAAAGAGAAUUUAAUAGCACUGUUAUUGAAAGGAUUGGCUUAUGCAGAAGUGGUGAACAUGACAGCAGACUUGUUGAUUAUUGAUUGCAGAAAAUAACCUCUCCAUGAAUUUAGCUGCUGUUUAGUGCUCCUCUACGUUUUUGGUGAACAAUUUGUCCUUUUUUCAGUCAGUGUUCUUUUAAGCUUUUAAUUGGUAUUUUCUGGAGUUGUUGAUUUGUUUCCCAUUCCAUGUGCAUGCAUCAUCUGCUAGCAGACAAAAAUGCAGCAUUUAACAUCCGUGACUUUCUCUUUUCCAUUUGCAAACUCAACAAACUUUUUAUUUAUUGCACAAACUUUUUUAUUAUUAUUAUUACUUGCAUUUCAGAAGGUGUUUUAACAUAUUUAUCAUUGGUCUUUCUGUCUAUCCUGUCAGCAGUCAGAAUAGGCAAGAGAGGAUCUGUCCUCCUAUAGUCAACCAGUUAAGCAUCUGUAGCUUUCCUAGGAAAGGAAGAACCCUGUGGUGGGUAUGUUUCUACACACUGGUGGUAUUACUGGGGUUGUUGUGUUGUGUUAGCACUGGGCUUCAGUAACUCUGGUUUACUGUAGUUGCCAUUCAAAAAGAAUGGGAGGGUUUUCUCUUUUAUUUUGAAUUAUACCCCGCUGUCCUUUCCAGAUGUCUCAGAAACCUUCCUUACAGCCUUUUGGAAGGUGACUGAAUGAAAUCCUUGUUAGGUUGUCUUCGUGUAUAUUUUGAUUUGCCAAAAUGUAUAUUAUUCUGGUGGCUUUUCUUCAGUAAGUUUUUUUUGCCUAUUAAUAGUCAGGUUGUAGGAUGUGAUGGUAGAUAAAUCCGUUUUACAGAUGUGAUGAAGACUUGCAUCUUCAGCUACUUAAUGAAAUGUUUGAGCGAGAAUCAAACUGCUAAGUUUCUCAUUCUGUACUUAUUGUAUCAUGCUACUGCAGUGCAUAAGUGCAUAUAUUAGCUUGGUACAAAGUUUCAGAAAGUUUUUCUUUUUUCUUUGGCCUGAGAGGCAGUGUAGGCAAUGCUUUUUCCUUAUUUGUGGAGUCUGAAGUAAAACAGGCUAAUAUGUAAGCUGUUUUUAGUGUUGAUUUGCAAACACGUGUAACUCUGCACUGCUGUAUCCAAGUUGUCUGUAUAUAAAUAAUAAGCAGAGUGCAUCUCAGUGAAGGACCGCAGUUAGUGGGUGAGAGCAAAAUGUUUUGACGUGAGCAUAAGCACGUCUCCUUAUGCCUUAUGGGCAGAGCUGUUGAGCAUCUGCAGCUUUUGCAGCUCAGAGAGCUGAUAAGGUACAGAGGCUCAACUUGGACAGCUGCAAAGUAAAGAGCAUUCUCUGUCAUCUGAUAAAACCAGUAGUUUGAUCAGCAUUACAUAGGAGAUCUGUGUCGAAAGAAGCAGCAGGUCUGAAAUUUUGGUGUUGGGACACCAAAUUUAACCUAUGUUACUAGGACCCAUAGUUACUAUGUUACUAGUAACAUACACUUAUUCUUAAUGUUUAUGUUCUGAAGUAAAUGAUGUAAAGGAAAUAACUGUGCUCACUAAAGACAUCAGUCAGGUUGGAUCUGUGAACAUUGUCCACUUUGUGCUUUGGAGCUUGAUGGUGAAAGGGUAGAGGAGGAAAAAAGGUGCACAGUUGAAUGAUUGUUAAGUGAUAAUGCAAAUAUGCAAGGCAGCUGAAGUAAGUUUGCACAACUAUCUUAUGACAUUUUCUAAUUUUCAAAAUCUUAAUUUUGCAACCCGAUAGUACUACUUUAAAAUGGAGGAGGAUCUAUGUGUAAAAUUCUAUUUACUUCACAUGCAACUGAAUGCUUCCAUAAAACAGCCUUCAGUAAAGCAGCUGGCCAGCAUGGUCCAACCUGAGAACAUACGUGGUGAAAACUGUUGGUCUUCGGGAAGUCUGGUUUUUUGGGCUACAGUAUGUGGACAGCAAAGGCUACUCAACUUGGCUGAAGCUAAAUAAAAAGGUAACACAGCAAGAUGUACGAAAAGAAAAUCCUUUGCAGUUCAAGUUCAGGGCCAAGUUUUUUCCAGAGGAUGUAUCUGAAGAAUUAAUUCAGGAAAUAACUCAGAGACUUUUCUUCCUGCAAGUCAAAGAAUCGAUCUUAAAUGAUGAAAUAUAUUGCCCACCAGAAACUGCAGUUCUUCUGGCUUCUUAUGCUGUCCAGUCCAAGUAUGCAGAUUACAGUAAAGAGAUCCAUAAACUGGGCUACCUAGCCAGUGACAGACUUCUCCCCCAGCGGGUGUUAGAACAGCACAAACUGACAAAAGAACAGUGGGAAGAAAGAAUACAGAACUGGCAUGAAGAGCACAGGGGAAUGUUAAGAGAAGAUUCUAUGAUGGAAUACCUUAAAAUAGCACAAGACUUGGAAAUGUAUGGAGUCAACUAUUUUGAAAUAAAGAAUAAAAAAGGAACUGAAUUGUGGCUGGGAGUUGAUGCUUUGGGUCUGAAUAUUUAUGAGCAUGAUGAUAAGCUGACACCCAAGAUUGGUUUUCCUUGGAGCGAAAUAAGAAACAUCUCUUUUAACGACAAAAAAUUUGUCAUAAAGCCAAUUGACAAAAAGGCCCCUGAUUUUGUUUUUUAUGCACCUCGUCUGAGAAUUAACAAGCGAAUUUUGGCACUUUGUAUGGGAAAUCAUGAAUUGUACAUGAGGAGGAGGAAACCUGAUACAAUUGAAGUGCAACAGAUGAAGGCCCAAGCUAGAGAAGAGAAACAUCAGAAACAAUUGGAAAGGGCACAAUUAGAAAAUGAGAAGAAGAAAAGGGAGAUAGCAGAAAAGGAGAAGGAAAGAAUAGAACGUGAAAAGGAAGAACUAAUGGAACGUUUAAGACAAAUUGAGGAACAAACAAUGAAAGCUCAGAAAGAGCUAGAGGAACAGACUAGAAGAGCUCUAGAACUGGAUCAAGAACGAAAGCGUGCAAAAGAGGAGGCAGAGCGCCUGGAAAAAGAGCGUCGAGCAGCUGAAGUAGCUAAAGCUGCUCUAGCCAAGCAGGCAGCUGAUCAAAUGAAGAACCAAGAGCAGCUAGCAGCAGAAAUUGCUGAAUUCACAGCCAAGAUUGCACUUCUGGAGGAGGCCAAGAAAAAGAAAGAAGAGGAAGCUUCAGAAUGGCAGCACAAAGCUUUUGCAGCCCAAGAGGACUUGGAAAAGACCAAAGAAGAAUUGAAAUCUGUGAUGUCUGCUCCUCCUCCACCCCCUCCCCCACCAGUUAUUCCUCCAACAGAGAAUGAACAUGAUGAACAUGAUGAGAACAAUGCUGAAGCCAGUGCUGAACUGUCUUCUGAUGGUGUUAUGAAUCACAGGAGUGAAGAAGAACGGGUAACAGAAACACAGAAAAACGAACGUGUUAAGAAACAGCUCCAGGCUUUAAGUUCUGAGUUGGCUCAAGCCAGAGAUGAAACCAAGAAAACACAAAAUGAUGUCCUUCAUGCUGAGAAUGUUAAAGCAGGCCGCGAUAAGUACAAGACUCUCCGACAAAUCCGACAAGGCAAUACAAAGCAGCGUAUUGAUGAGUUUGAAGCAAUGUUACAAAAGUACGAUCUCUUGCAGCCCUUAGGAUAGGAGCAAGGUAAAGAUCAGCAGAAGACCUGGGGUCUGCCAAGGCCUGCUAUUGCACUUCUGUAAAUCUCGACAAUAUACAGCGCUUUAAAUUAGGUGCUGCCUGGUCUGUGAAGAGUUUUUUGGAAGGACCAGGAAGUGCUGUUACAACAUUUCAUUAGUGUUUCGUUCUCUCUGGUCUUUAAAUCCUUCCUUGUGGUCUUUUCCCAGGAGAAAAUUAGCUUUUUGAAGUAUUUAAGCUGUUGUUCUUCCCAGGAAAACAGGAAAUAAUACUAAUAUGUUAAUCUUUAACAUGUAAUGGGAUGUGCUAGAGUGAACGGUAAUGUGACCUUUCAAAGUGCUUGAGGGAUCCUGUAGGCUUUGCUCAUGAGUAUUGUUGUAUGGGAAGCCUGACUCUAUAUCCAGCCUGGGUAAAGUGUAAUAAUAGUAGAUACUUUCCAAGUUUUAUUGGUUUUCUACACAAUUUCUAAUGGCCUUGAUGAUACAUGAAUAGUGUCAGGUAAUUUUCUAAUGUAAACCUCCCAGUUUACUAUGUCUGUACAUACACGUGCAGUGUAAGCCCCCGUUGCUCCUUGCCCUUUUGUACGCUGUCAGGAUGUGCAUACUGUGUAUACGUAACUGCGUCGAACUGUGCGCCCUGCACAACAGCCUAAAUAAAUGGGUUUUAACAUUAA